CCCCAAUCGAACUCGAAAAAAUAAAAUUUUAAGGGACGUAAUAAUAAAAAGCCCAAAAUGUACGUCCAAUUUCUCUAAGCCCUCUUCGUCGUGUUCGUCUUCUUCCCCAAUGCGCACAUAGCCCACUAUUCGCAGAGGUCGCGUACUCCCCAAACUCUUCACCCCCAAAUACGCAACGAGAACAUCAAUCCGGAAACCUAAUUCCCCAAACCAGAAAUCAGUCAAUUGCAGAUUGAGAGUUUCUCAGCAAGUGUAAGCAUCCAUUUCAUGGCUGACAUUUGGAGAGAGGUCUUGUGUUCAAGGGCAAACUUGGUCCCGUUCCAUUUCUGAGCCUUUUUUUUUUUUUUUUUUUUUUUUUGUGUUUGUUCAAAACCCUAGGAGAGAGAAAUUUCCAGAAAUUGAAGUCCCCAGUGGCACCACAGUUGUGCCCUAGCUCGCAAUUUUGCUAUCCUGUUCCCAAUUGCAGGUUCUUCUCCUUUGUUUAUAAAUAGAAAAUUACAUAUAAUUUUUAUAGACUUUGGAUAAGAUGGGAGAUUAAAGACUCUGGGCAUUAAGGUCGGAAUGCAUGGAUGUAGCUCAGGAUCUGCUCUCCUAGUAAAUGCAGAGGUUGAUUCCAUGGGUGGAGUGGUUGACGGCGGAGUUGGUAUUGGUUUGAAAACCUCUCCACGCCGAGCAGCAAUCGAGAAGGCCCAAGCAGAGCUUAGACAGGAGUAUGAUGUGAGGGAGGAAAGAAGAAAGGAGCUAGAAUUUCUUGAGAAAGGUGGCAAUCCUUUGGACUUCAAGGUUGGGAAUGGAGCUUCUGUUAGUGUUCAGUCUACUUCACUCACUGAUCAGCAACCAGAACAGUUUGUGACCAGUGAAGCAAAAGGUAGUUUUGCAUUGACUGCAUCAACACAUGGGGACUCUGUUGAAAGUAGCGGUCGACCAGAGGUUCCUACACUUUGUGAACCCAAUAGUGCUGAUAAUCUCUUACUCUUUGAUGCCGACAAUGAUGCUCCUGAUGGUGAAAGGAAUUCUAUGCAUCUUAGUAGAAGGAAUAACAAUGGUCCAUCAGAACAGUCUUCCCAGAUGGAUGGGACUCAAAACCCCAAGGAAUCAGAAGACUCGGCUAUAUUCCGUCCAUAUGCUCGAAGGAACAGGUCCAGACCAAAUCGUGAUGGCACUCGAUCAAAUUCAACAGAUAUGCAGGGUCGUGGAGGUCAGGGUUCUUCUUUACCUUCUCGUGGGCUGUCAAAGGAUCCUAAGAGGCCGAUAUCUGAAACAAACAACCAAAAGGACCAGAAUAUACCUUCUGGCCCUAACGUAAAGUAUGUGAGUUCAAAUGGUGAUAUUGUUCCCAAGAUUGUAACUUCUGAUAAUCAGUUCGAUAUGGACUUGGAGGGGGUGCAAGCCCCUGAAGUAAUUACUGGUCCAAUGAAAGAUGGAUCUCAAAACAAAUUGGAUGUUACAACUCUUAAAAGUUUGACGGAUAGCCAACAUAGUCAACCAUCUCAGAUUGAUGCUCAGGAAACCCCCAUUGAUGUUGUUUCUGAGAGAUCUGAUGUUGUUGCAGACAGGGAACCACUAGCAUCAUCUGUCCUUGAGUGUCCUCCUUGUGCUGCUACAACAAAGACUGAAAAUGAACUUAGUUCGGUUCAGAUGAAUGGGUAUAACAAUCUAAAUAGGGAGAGUAAAAGUGUGCCACAUGAAGGUCAAAUUAGCAGUGCAGCUCUAUGCCCAAAGGGUUUAGAUUCAGAGUCUUCUUGCACCCAAACUAGUUUAGGAUUAGAUGUAAAUAAUGACAGUGACAUGUGUACUACUAUGAGGAACGCUGAUAAUGGAAAUAUUAUCGAAUCAUCAGAUGUGGAUGGGACACGAAAUCUAGCUGGUGGCAUAAUGGUACAAGAAGAUAAGGAAACCAACGCUGUUGACAGUGGUGCUAUUGUUAAUGAUAACCAGGCUUCUGUUUGUCAAAACAACUCUGGCAACAGCGAAGUCAAAGUUGAGGAAGACAUGAGUCAAAGUAGAUCUGAGUUGCAUAAUGAAGUUAAGCUUCAUUCAAACGUUGAGGGAGAACAACCAAGUGACCCUCUAAUAUCAGAAGCUGUUAAGAAGGUGGAUGAAGCUCUGGAUAGUAGUUCCAACAUCAACAAAGAGAACCUUUCCACUGGCAUAUCCCAGGGUCCUCAAGACUCAUCAAUGCAUGAGGUUCCUGGGACUGUUUUGUCAGGGAAAGAUACUGCUGCAGGUUCUGACUGCCAGACUCCUAGAGUUCACUUGAAAGUGGUAGACAAGGCACAUGAAGAUUCUAUUCUGGAAAAGGCACGAAUUAUAGAGGCUAAGCGUAAGAGGAUUGCUGAAUUAUCUGUUCGUUCUUUACCAUCGGAGAAUUGCCGAAAGUCUCAGUGGGAUUUUGUCCUUGAAGAAAUGGCUUGGUUGGCAAAUGAUUUUGCGCAGGAGCGUCUUUGGAAGCUUACUGCUGCUGCUCAAAUUUGUCAUCGCGCUGCUUUUACUUCUCGGUUGAGAAUUGAAUCCCAACAUCAACAUUGGGAGCUAAAAAAAGUGGCUCAUGACCUGGCAAAGGCUGUCAACCAAUUUUGGGUUUCAGCUGAGACCCUUUUGAAGGGUGAUGAUUCAAGUUCUUGUCAAAGGGACUGUAACUACGAUUUGGUUGGAUCAAUGAGGAUUGAUAGGAACAAAACUUCUCAAGACAAGAAUGGGGAACCCAAUAUGGAGCCAAGCAAAGAUUUGGAACCACAGCAUCCCCAAAAAGAUCUUGCACUUUCAGUGCGGGAAUACGCAGUGAGAUUUUUGAAGUAUAACAAAUCUCUGGGUCCUGACCUUCAAGCACAAGCACCUGCUACUCCUGAGAGAAUUUCUGAUUUAGGCAUUACAGAAAUGUCAUGGGAGGAUCAUCUUACAGAGGAAAAUCUCUUCUAUGCAGUUCCCUCUGGUGCAAUGGAAACCUAUAGAAAAUUAAUCGAAUCUCAUUUGGUUCAGUUUGAGAGAACUGGCAGUAGCAUGCAAGAGGAAGUUGAGACAUCUAUGUAUGAUGCAGGAGCAGAGUUUGGUUUUCAAGAGGCUGCAUAUGAUGAGGAUGAAGGAGAAACAAGCACCUAUUAUUUGCCUGGAGCAUUUGAAGGUAGCAAGUCAUUAAAAUCUAACCUGAAGAAACAAAAGAACUUGAAGUUAUAUGCUUCUAGGUCAUAUGAAGGAGCUGAUUUGCCUUACGGCAACUGCACAACAGCAACUCACCAGUCCAUGUUGAUGGGGAAAAGGCCUGCUAGUCUCAAUGUUGGUUCAAUUCCAACGAAACGCAUGCGCACUGCUUCCAGGCAGAGGGUCGUUAGUCCAUUUGGUGCUGGAGCUAAUGGGAAUGUUCUGGGUCCGAUUAAGACAGAUGCUUCAAGUGGUGAUACUAAUUCUUUUCAGGAUGAUCAAAGUACUUUACAUGGUGGAUCUCAGUUCCAGAAAAGUGUGGAGGUUGAAUCUGUUGGGGACUUUGAAAAGCAGUUACCAUAUGACUAUGCAGAAACAUCAAUGAAGCCUAAAAAGAAGAAGAAGGCCAAACAUCUGGGUUCUGCCUAUGAUCAAGGAUGGCAGCUGGAUUCUGCUAUACUUAAUGAACAGCAGAGGGAUCAUUCCAAAAAGAGAUCGGAGGGUCAUCAUUAUGAAUCCAAUGGAACAAUUGGUUUAUACGGGCAACAUACAGCCAAGAAGCCAAAGAUAUUAAAGCAAUCUCUAGAUAAUACUUAUGACAGUAUUACUCCAAUGCCUGGAUCCAAUCCUUCUCCAGUGGCAUCCCAAAUGAGUAAUAUGUCCAAUACCAGUAAAUUUAUUAAGUUGAUUGGUGGUCGAGACAGGGGACGGAAAACUAAAUCACUAAAGAUGUCUACUGGGCAGCCAGGUUCAGGAGGUCCAUGGUCCCUUUUUGAAGAUCAGGCACUUGUUGUUCUUGUACAUGACAUGGGCCCAAAUUGGGAAUUCAUAAGUGAUGCAAUCAAUAGCACGCUGCACUUGAAGUGUAUUUUUCGCAAGCCUAAAGAGUGCAAGGAGCGUCACAAAAUAUUGAUGGAUAUGAAUUCUGGUGAUGGGGCUGAUAGUGCUGAAGAUUCAGGAUCUUCUCAACCUUAUCCAUCUACAAUACCAGGCAUUCCGAAGGGCAGUGCCCGACAAUUAUUUCAACGCUUGCAAGAGCCAAUGGAAGAGGAUGUUCUCAAAUCUCAUUUUGAGAAAAUAAUUAACAUUGGUCAGAAGCAUCAUUAUCGGAGGAGUCAGAAUGAAAACCAGGAUCCGAAACAAAUAACGACUGUCCACAAUUCUCAUGUGGUGGCCCUUUCCCAAGUCUCUCCAAAUAACUUGAAUGGAGGUGUUCUAACGCCUCUUGAUCUGUGUGAUACCACUUCAUCAAGCUCAGAUGUCCUUGGGUAUCAAGGAUCUCAUGCUAGUGGUUUAGCAAUGUCAAAUCAGGGUGCCAUGGCGUCAUUACUUCCUUCUGGGCCAAAUGCCUCAAUACAGGGAUCUUCUGGUAUGGUUCUUGGAAGCAACUUGCCAUCCUCGUCUGGUCCACUUAGUGCCAACGUCAGAGAUGGUAGAUACAGUAGUCCAAGAACAUCAUCUUUGCCAGUUGAUGAGCAGCAAAGACACUACAAUCAAAUGUUGUCUGGUAGAAACAUUCAACAGUCUGGCUUGUCUGUGCCUGGAGCUCUUCCAGGAACUGAUCGUGGAGUUCGUAUGGUUCCUGGUGGAAAUGGUAUGGGCAUGAUGUGCGGGAUAAACAGAGGCAUGCCAGUGUCAAGGCCAGGAUUUCAGGGAAUGGCUUCAUCAUCUAUGCUUAAUUCUGGGAAUAUGCUUUCAUCCAGUAUGGUGGGGAUACCAAGCCCUGUAAAUAUGCACUCUGGAGCUGGUUCGGGUCAGGGAAACUUGAUGUUAAGACCUCGCGAUGCUUUGCAUAUGAUGCGGCCUGGCCAUAAUCCGGAGCAUCAAAGGCAACUUAUGGUUCCAGAACUUCAAAUGCAGGCCACACAAGGGAAUGGCCAAGGAGUUGCUCCCUUCAAUGGGUUGAGUUCCGGUUUUCCUAAUCAGCAAACUCCGCCAUCUGCUCAAACAUAUCCAGGCCAUAGCCCGCAGCAGCGUCAGAUAUCCCCACAACAGUCCCAUGCACUCAGCAACCCUCAUCACCCUCAUCUUCAAGGCCCGAAUCAUGCUACGGGGUCGCAGCAUCAAGCCUAUGCCUUCCACGUCGCAAAAGAAAGGCAGUUGCAACAGCGGUAUUUGCAGCAGCAGCAACAACAGCAACAGUUUUCUACAUCUAAUUCUUUGGUGCCACAGGUCCAGCCGCAGGCCCAACUUCCCAUGUCAUCAACUUUGCAAAAUAGUUCCCAACUUCAGUCACAAACUUCACCUCACCCAGUAUCUGUGUCCCCUAUGACACCUUCUUCCCCAAGGACUCCCAUGUCAUCCCAGCACCAGCAGAAACAUCAUCUGCCAUCCCAUGGCUUUAGCCGGAAUCCUGGUGCUAGUGGGAUGACCAAUCAGAUAGGGAAGCAACGACAAAGACAACCACAGCAGCAUCAUCUUCAGCAAUCUGGUAGGCACCACCCUCAGCAGCGGCAACUUACGCAGUCUCAGCAGCAGGCUAAACUUUCAAAGGGAAUGGGAAGAGCCAAUUCAAUGGUGCAUCAGAACCUCUCCAUUGAUCCUGCAAACCUCUCUAUUGAUUCUUCUCAACUUAAUGGACUUGUGCCUCCAGGAAGCCAAUCUCUUGAGAACGGAGAACAAUUCAUGCAAUUGAUGCAAGGUCAAGGUGCAUAUUCUGGGUCUGCCCUUAAUCCAGCAACAUCGAAACCAUUGGUCCCCCAAUCACCAAACCAUUCUCAGUUGCAGCAAAAGUUACUUUCUAGUGCACCGACCAAUUCAUCAAAGCACCUCCAGCAAAUGCCUUCUCAUUCUGAUAAUAUCACCCAGGGCCAGGUUCCACCAGUUCCUUCCAAUCAUACGAUAUCUGCUUCACAUCAAACUGGCUCUCCAUCAGGUAUUGCUUCCAACCACCAGCAGCUGCAGCCGCAAUCACAGGCACAGCAACAACAAAAGCAAGCUAAUCAAACUCAGCCUUAUGUUCAGAGAGUGCUGCAGCAGAAUCACCAAGUGAAUUUGGAGAUUCCAAAUAAGUCUCAAAAUGAUCUAACUCAAGGUGAUGAGCAGCCUGUGAAUGGUGCUUCGCCGGUAGGUGUGAGCACGGCGAUUCCUCAGUCCUGUAUUGAUUCAUCUAGUCUAGUUCCAGUUCCUUCUGCCAUUCCUCAGUGGAAAUCGUCAGAAGCAGUAUAUGAUGCUAACAUGCCGAAUUCAACUGCUCAAGUGGGUCCAGUUGGGAGCCCCCCACUAACAAAUUCAUCUGGGAAUGAGCCUGGGCCACCUAUCAGUCAAGGGUUAGGCCCAAGAAGGUUAUCUGGAAACUUGCUCUCUCAUGGACUUAAUGUUGGAGCACAGUGGCAGCAGCAGCAGCUACUGCAACGGUCUCCUUCGCUGCCAUCCCCAUCUCAACAACAUUACCAGCAACAAGAACAACAGCAGCAGCAGCAGGAACAAGAGUCACCCCAACAUCAACUGCCUCUGCAACAGCAGUCUCAGCAGCAAAUGCAGCAUCUGCAAGCAGGGCAAGGAAGUUUGUAUACGAUGUCUGGUAAUUCAAAACCAGAAUGAAUGAUUCUAAGGAAUGAGCAGCUGCAGCAACCGGUCCUGCCAGGGUUGGAUCCACAUGCCCUUGGUACAGCGGUGUACAGAUGAAGCUGAUUAUUCGACAAGGGCAUUGACAGGAAGAGAGUUGGUCAUGGCAUUUGCAGGUUUUGUGAAAAAUGUAGCUGGACUAUCCAAGUGAUGUUGCAAGGCAUUUUGCUUUUGUCUUUGGAAACCAUGUAAAUUACCACUGGGGCUAGAGUUCUGGGAAGAUAGAGAUCAAUAUAGAGGUACGUGUACAGGGCUCGUGUCUUUCCAUUUCUAGUACCUGUCGGGUUUUUUUUUCCCAAUUUUUUCUUUCUCUUUCAUGGUCUCCCAGCAUAUUUGUCGAGGGACCUUAUUUCUUUUUUGGCCCAGUAGAUUAGUGCAUGUAUUACUACCCUUUUCAGAUCAAAGGGCGUUGCAAUCAUUUUUAUGGGCAAAAAAGCCUUCUGCAAAUAUCUUGUGAAUAUUAGAGAUGUCUGGUGUAUACAUUGGUGAAUGGGAUUAGAACAAUCAUCAUCUGUCAAUGCCAUGUCGUAACUUGUAACGAUUCGCAGUUUAUAAUGCAAAGAGUCCUGAUAGCUGUUCAUCCA